GUGCAUCCCUUAGCUGUGUGAUCCACGUUGUCCUGUCGUCCGGGGCUUAAGUACAAUAACAGCGCGUUACCAUGUUUAAAUCUAUGUCGAACUUUUCGAGGGAUACGAGAUAGCACAAAGAGGAUCCUCCUUUUCCAAGAGUGUGUGAUUUCUGCGACAGAAAAGCGGAUGCUGUUGUGUUCUUUGAGCCAGUGGUGAACAAUGUGCGCGAUUGAAUGGAUUUUUGGCCUCGGGCUGCUGCAGUAUUGUUGUCAACUACUCUCGCUGAGUUAGUGUGUCUGAACAGAAGACUGCUAGAACGGAAGACAACGCAGGCAAGGCUUUUAUUCUUCUUUUUUGUACUAGAACUAGACAGUCCGGUAGCAGGCAGAAAUGUCUUCGCAUCGGCAUAUCCUUAGGAUCAACGUGUCGGGACUGAAGUUUGCGAUCUGUUGCUGUAAGUUGGACCAGUACCCGGGCACUCUACUGGGCAGCCCCAAGCGACGAGCGAAGUACUACGACCCGGUACGACGGGAAUACUUUCUCGACCGACACAGGCCGACCGCCGAGGCGGUCUUCCACUUCUAUCACAGCAGCGGGACGCUACAGAAGCCCGAGGAGGUGCCCAUGGACACUUUCAUAGAAGAACUCAAGUUCUACGAUCUCGGAAAGGAUGUUAUGGAAGGAUACUUGCGAGAGCAGGGCUACGUGCCCAGGAAGCAACACCCUCUUCCGCCGGAAAGUCAGAAGUUGAAGCGGACGAUCUGGCUGCUUUUUGAGCACUCCAACAGCUCCAAGGCGGCCACGUUCAUUGCGGUGGUCUCGAUAACGUUCAUUCUUGUCUCCAUCAUCGGGCUGUGUUUGGAGACCCUGCCCGUGUUUCAUAAGGAUAAAGCCAGACACGACGCUGAAAAACGGAAAAACUCAACCUACUCUUCACAUGAAGCUUGGAGCAGACUGGAGGAAGAGAUGGAGACAGGAGACCCGUAUAAGGACGACCCGUUCUUCCUCCUGGAGACCGUCUGUAUCUGCUGGUUCACCAUAGAACUCAUCCUCCGCUUCUACUCCUGUCCGAACAGAAGGGUCUUCUUCAAAAGCAUGCUGAACGUGGUGGACCUGCUCUCCAUCCUGCCGUACUACGUGACGCUGAUUAUCGCGGCGUUAGCCGGACAUGACCAGGACAUCGACCUGCGGUUCCUGUUCGUCCUGAGGGUGCUGAGGACCUUCAAACUGUCCAGGUACAACCGCGGCUUCAAGGUCCUGGGUAAGACGCUGGCGCGCAGUCUGUCAGAUAUCGGCAUGCUGAUGGUGUUCCUAUCCAUCGUGGUGGUCCUGUUCUCCUCCAUCAUGUACUUCGUGGAGUCGGCGGACCCGGAGACGAAGUUCCAGUCCAUCCCGGACGGCUUCUGGUGGGCCAUCAUCACCAUCGUCACGGUGGGGUACGGAGACAUGUACCCAACUACCACCUUCGGAAAGCUCAUCGGCGCGCUUUGCGUCAUAUCCGGUCUGCUGUCCAUCGCGCUUCCGGUUCCCGUCAUCGUCUCCAACUUCGAGAUGUUCUACAACCAACAGGUCAUCGAAGAGGACGAACCGGAGGAGGAGAUAAAGGACAAGGAAGAGCCGGAGGAACUGGCCACCCUGUCCGACAUCCACUCCCUGUCUGAGCGGCAGAGUGAUGUGGACAGCGGUCUGGGCAGGUCCCCUCUUCAUUCCAUCCGGUCAAAACUGGCCAGCGACAAGAAGGACUUGGAUCGAGAGUCGAUGGUCUAGAAUUACCA